AUGUCCCAGCGAGCAGAUGCCUCCCAGUGUGGCGGGGUUGUGGUCGAGUUUGAGUCUGGAGAAAUCAAGGAUGCAAGAGUUAAACAAUCCACGAGUAUACCAGGUUUAGCUCUUAUCUACCUCAAGGGUCCCAAGUUUCUCAUCUAUGUCAGUGGAGCUUUGUCAAUGUGGGGUGACCGUAUGUGGCACUUUGCAAUCUCUGUGUUCCUGAUUGAGCUGUACGGCCGUAACCUGCUGUUGACUGCUGUGUUUGGAUUGGUAGUGGCUGGGUCAGUGCUCCUACUUGGAGCUUUGAUUGGAGACUGGGUUGAUCGUAAUCCUAGGAAUAAAGUUGCACAUGCAUCCCUCUUCAUUCAGAACAUCUCAGUAACAAUAUGUAGCAUUGUGCUCAUGUUGGUGUUUUUAUAUAAGCAAAGGAUUGAACAGAUCUGGGAUGGAUGGCUUACUGUGGUUUGUUAUACGGUGGUGAUCGUCCUGGCAGAUGUGGCAAACCUUGCAAGCACAGCAUUGACCAUUGCCAUUCAGAGGGACUGGAUUGUUGUUAUCACAGGCUACAACAGAGGUCACCUAGCUGGAAUGAAUGCGACCAUGAGGCGGAUAGAUCAGGUGACUAACAUCCUGGCCCCACUAGCAGUGGGACAGGUCAUGACCCUGGCCUCCAAUGUAGUUGGCUGUGGCUUCAUCCUGGGCUGGAACCUUGUGUCUCUUAUCGUGGAGUUCUUCUUCUUGUCCCGGGUGUACCGCAUCGUCCCUGCUCUUUCAAUCAAACCACCAGUAGAGGAUGAGGAUGAGGAUGAGGAUCAGGCUCAGGCGUAUCUGCAGAGGAUGGAGAGGAGGACGUCACAAGAGGAAGGUGAUGUAGCACAUCCUCACCCUCUAACAGAAGAUAACUGCAACACAAGCCUCAACCUUAAAGAAAUCACAAACCUGCCACUGUGUUUCCGGAGGUUUCGAUGGCUGGUAAGCACCUGUAAGGACGGCUGGAGGGCCUACUACCGUCAGCCUGUCUUCCUUGCAGGAAUGGGCCUGGCUUUUCUCUACACCACAGUCCUUGGAUUUGACUGCAUCACUACUGGCUAUGCCUACACUCAGGGAAUAAGCGGCUCCCUCCUCAGUCUGCUUAUGGGUGUUUCAGCUAUCACUGGGCUGAUGGGCACUGUGAUGUUCACUAGGCUGAGGAAGACCUACGGCCUGGUUAAUACAGGCAUCAUCUCUAGCUGCCUUCACCUGGGCUGCUUGCUGCUGUGUGUGUGCUCUGUGUUUGCCCCAGGCAGCCCUAUGGAUCUUAACUUGCUGGUGCCUUCUAUUACCCCCAACUCCUCUACUGAGCUUGGAGGAAUGGCAAGUCAAAGGCAGAAACACACAUAUCCCCUGCGGGGAGGCAGUAAUCAGCCACUGCUACCAGAUCGCUCCUCAAUCCACUGGACCAAUAACACUGUCCUUUUUGACAACGUGCCCUCGGGCACAGCACCAGAAUCAUACAUCUCCAUCAUUCUGCUGUUUUUGGGCGUCAUCACAGCACGCAUUGGUCUCUGGUCCUUCGACCUGACUGUGACCCAGCUUCUGCAGGAGAACAUCUGUGAGUCAGAGAGAGGUGUUGUAAAUGGAGUGCAAAGCUCUAUGAAUUACCUGAUGGACCUGCUUCACUUCAUCAUGGUGAUCUCGGCUCCACAGCCACAGCACUUUGGCAUCCUAGUUAUAAUUUCUGUAUUAUUUAUCACCACUGGGCACACAAUGUACUUCUUUUAUGCACACAAAGCCAAGAGAAAACUCCGCCUGGACACAUAAGGAGCAUACACAGCCUGUAUGUCAAUGUAUGAGAUGCUUAAACCAGCACUGACUCCACUCUGCAACUGUGAAAUGAAUGUCUUCCUCCUGUACCGCAGCAAACGUAUUGCAACACUCCACUUCCGACUUAGCCAUUCAUUUCAGCACAACACAGCAAGUGCCUGUCCCACCUCAGUUGCUUUCUUCCUGCAGGGCCCGCGCCAGAGCAGCAAACAACUCAGGUGAAAUAGAGUGGGAGACAUGCUCUUCCUUCGUGUACAUAAGUUGAGGUGGCUACAAUAAAUGCAGCAAUGGUACCUCCAGGAGAAAUGUCCUCAUCUAACUUACAUCAGGACCCAAAGGCACCAGCGCAUGCCUUUGCAAAACCCUGCAGGAUUACUGCAAGACUUUCAUCAAACAAGCUUGUUAACUUACAUAGCUAUUUGAAUGGAAGAGUGGAUGGAAAGAGAUUUUUCUAACCUUCACUCAGUAAAGAACUGGUGUUGAGUACUUCUACAAGUGGCAUUGAUGUUACUGAUCCGUCCACUUGGAAAUAUUCCAGGAUGUCCAAAAGGAACAUAAAGGGAACUUGUUGUAAGAUUGUUUGAUAAAAGAAAAAUCAGAAAGGCAGCCGCCCCUUUUAAUGGACAGAAGUGAAAGGACAAAGUUCGUCCUUCCCCUGGUUUGUUUCUCUGUGGAUGAAUCAAGCAAACAUUUGAACUUCUUUUGUGCAUGUAAACCUGGCUUAUGGAUUACAAUAACAAAAAUAUUCACACAAUGUACGGUACUUUCAAAGUUUAACGGAUUAAUUCUAACUGCUUGUACACUUAAAAAUAGAUUCUAAACUUUCUUUCCUUCCAGUAUAGAGAGUGAUAAUAGUUAUAUAGAAUAUCAAGAGGAAAGCAAUCUUCUUUUUGUGACAUGUUUGAAAUCAGUGAUAAGCUACAUGUUGAUAGCAUUUGUCAAUCAUUGCUAAUGGCAGUGUUUAAAUCUUGCUUCUUUCUUUUGUAGUUCAGAUGAACUAAACAUUACCUUACCUCAACUAAGAACAAGAACACUGUUAGCAAUAUACCUUUGGACUUAUUAUCAGCUAUUGUAUGUUUUCAUAUAUCCUUCAUGUACAGUGGAAAUAACAUCAAAGUUCAACCAUUUGUCAAUCAAACAGAAACACAUCUCAAUAUAUUUGUUCAAUUUCCCUGUGACCUUUCUGUAUUGCAUGUUGUCCUUAUUCUUCAGACUGAUAAUUGUGACAAUAAAGAUGACUG